AUGGCAUCCUGCUGGGAAGAAGCCUUGUCCCUUCAAAACCACAUGGGCAGAGCUGGUGCCAGUGUCACCGAAGCUUCCUGGUGUAUGUGGCCACCAGGCUCUGAUGCCUGCUUUUCUCUCCUGUUGCUGCAGAAGAUGCUGAUGAAGCAGCAGGACCGCCUGGAGGAGCGGGAGCAAGACAUCGAAGAGCAGCUCUACAAGCUGGAAUCAGACAAGCGGCUGGUCGAGGAGAAGGUGAACCAGCUGAAGGACGAAGUGCGCCUGCAGUAUGAGAAGAUGCACCAGAUCUUGGACGAGGACUUGCGGAAGACCAUGGAGAUCCUGGACAAGGCCCAGGCGAAAUUCUGCAACGAGAAUGCGGCCCAGGUCCUCCACCUCAAUGAGCGCAUGCAGGAGGCCAAGAAGCUCCUCAGUUCUGUCCAGGUCAUGUUCGACAAAACUGAGGACAUCAACUUCAUGAAGAACACCAAGUCUGUGAAAAUCUUAAUGGACAGGACACAGAACUGUACAGGUGGUAGCCUGCCCCCACCCAAAAUUGGCCACCUCAACUCCAAGCUUUUCCUGAACGAGAUCGCCAAGAAGGAGAAGCAGCUCAGGAAGUUGCUGGAAGGUCCUCUGAGCACCCCCGUCCCCUUCCUCCAGAGCAUCCCCAUGUACCCCUGCACCGUCAGCAACUCCGGCGCGGAGAAGCGCAAGCACUCCACCGCCUUCCCCGAGGGCAGCUUCCUCGAGCCAUCGUCUGGGACUGUGGCGAGCCAGUACAUGAGCCAGGGCGCUUCGGCUGGCGAGGGGCAGUCCGCACAAGCCAUGGUGCCUUGUAGCUCCACGCAGCACAUAGUUGGACUUCCCAGCGGCCCGCAGCCAGUGCACUCGGGCUCCGUCUUCAACCCAUCUCACUACCCCAACACCACGUCAUCUCAGCAGUCCGUGCUCUCCCAGUACGGCGGGCGCAAAAUCCUUGUCUGCUCCGUGGAUAACUGUUACUGUUCCUCCGUGUCCAACCACAGCGGGCACCAGCCCUACCCGCGGUCGGGGCACUUCCCCUGGACGGUCUCCUCGCAGGAGUACUCCCACCCGCUGCCGCCUGCCCCUGCCGUCCCCCAGUCACUCCCGGGACUUGCCGUGAGGGAAUGGAUUGACGCAUCCCAGCAGCACGGGCGGCAGGAUUUCUAUAGGGUCUACGGCCAGCCAUCUGCGAAACACUACGUCACCAGUUAACCGUCACACUCUCUGGAGAGUCCUGCUCGAUGACGCAUUCGGAGAGAAAAGUCUGGUUUGGUUUGGCUUUUUUUUUUUUUUCUU